AUGCUUUUACAUCUCGACCCUGUGGAACCGCGACAACUCAACACCGAGAACAGCUUCGCCUCCAUAUCCAUCUCGCAGCUCGGAGAGCUCGCGGGCUCGCUCUCGUACAUGUACAGCUCCGUCGAUCUUGCCUCUGCGUACAGCGACACCGCCUCUGUUUCGUUACAGUCCAUGUUUGAAGGAUACCGCUUGCUUUCGUCGCCCAGAAAUUCAAACUAUCACAAAAGACCUACACUGCUGUACGGGAAAAUGUAUUUCCCUUCGCAGUUUUUGGAGGGCAUGUUUAUCAAGCGGCUCUCUGAGAACUCGCAGUUGCUCGUCAAGUUCAUCAACACACCCAAGCUGAACAAGCUGUCCAACUCCACAACCAUAAUGAACAUCUGCUACCAACGCCAAACACCCAAGUCUGCGCAGGAUUACGUUUUCUCCACCAACGAGGCGCUCUUUGGCCUUCGCCACAUAUACAACCUGGGCGCGCCCACCUCGGCAGCGGACGCUUCGCUGUUUUCCGUCGGCUGCGAGCUGUGGUGCGCUGCCCAGUCGCUGGCUCCCGGAAUGUCGACGGGACUUCGCUACUCGACACACCUCACGUCGUCGGGCAAACCGCUCACAAUGACUCUGGUCAUCAACCCGCUGCUGGGCUCGAUCGAGUCCACGUACGCCAUCAAGACCAGCGUUCUGUCAACUUUCGUGUCGAAGUACAAUUUCAACGUCUACUCGUACGAGAGCGAUCUGUCGCUGGGAUGCCAUCUUUGGCGACUCUCGGACGAAAACAAGUCUGUGACGGACGAGCGCUUCAACAAGCUGAAAACCGAGCAACAGAAAGAACUGGUGGACAAUUUCAUGCACAUCGACCCGGCACAUAUGCUCUCAGAAACCAAUUCCACCAGACUAUUUAUCAGCCAGCACCAGACGUCGGAUUUUAGCAGCAGUCUCAAAUGCGCCACCAGCUUGAAUAAACAGCAAAUCAGUCUGCUCUGGGAGGGGCGGUUCAAGGACUGGCUGCUGUCGACAGGCGUCAAGUUCGACUACAAAGACAUGAACCCCAGAAGUCUCGGAUACGGACUAGAACUCCAGUUUUCGUCUUAA